GCAAACAGUAAAGAGAUAUAGAAAAAUUAAAUAAUAACCUGACAACGCCAUGCUGUUUUUAUGGUUACUACCGCUCUGUUUCAUGUAGCUACGCCCACGCUUUUCAAAGAGAAGUGAGCCGUCAGCUGGUGAUAAGACGGUGAAUUAAAGGAUGGCAACCAAACAGACGCCCAACGCUUCGUAACUGGAUGCCUAUUUGAACUUUGUCGCGGUCUGGUCAGGACUUGCAAUGGACUUUAACGCGCGCGGAUCUCAAGGGACGUGAACAAUCAACAGAAGAUAAUCGACAUUUCAACGACAUUGUUAUGAGGGACCGGCUGGCUGAUUUGAAUGAGGGCAGGCAGAAUGCCAGUGAAGAUGGGGCUGUCUCUGUGUCCAUGGAAAGAGAUGGCUUCAUGCAGGAUUUUUUCAGAAAGGUGGGGGAGGUCAGAGGUGUCAUUGACAAGAUCUCCUCCCAGGUGAAUGAGGUGAAAAAAAAACAUAGUGGGAUUCUCUCAGCCCCAAACCCUGAUGAGAGGACAAAAGAAGAGCUGGAACAACUCACAAUUGAAAUCAAGAAAAAUGCCAACUUUGUCCGGACCAGCCUCAAAUCAAUGCAACAUAAUCUACCUCCAGAAGAACAGAUAAAUCAAGCCUCAGUGGAUGCACGCAUUCAGAAAACACAGUACACUAACUUGUCACGCAAGUUUGUGGAGGUCAUGACACAAUAUAAUGAAGCCCAAAUGUCCUUCAGAGAGAAAAGCAAAAGCAGGAUUCAGAGACAGCUGGAGAUCACUGGAAGAAUAACAACUAAUGAGGAAUUGGAAGAGAUGCUGGAAACUGGAAACCCUUCUAUUUUCACCUCCGAUAUCAUCUCUGACUCUCAGAUAACUCGUCAGGCCCUUAAUGAGAUCGAGUCUAGACAUAAAGAUAUCUUGCGGCUGGAGUCCAGCAUUAAAGAGCUUCAUGACAUGUUUGUGGACAUGGCCAUGCUUGUUGAGACCCAGGGUGAGAUGAUUGACAACAUUGAGAAGAAUGUAAACAAUGCAGUAGAGUAUGUCGGCCAAGCUAAAGUGGAGACCAAGAAAGCUGUGCGGUACCAGACGCAAGCACGCAGGAAACACAUUAUUCUUGCUCUUAUUGUUCUGGUGGUGCUCGCUGUGGUCGCACUCAUUGUUGGUUUAUCUGUGGGCCUGUCUGUUAAAACCAAUACUAACUCCGCCUCCUCCAGCUCCAAUGCAGCCAACCCUUCCUAAGCAUGGUUUCCAAGAAAUUGGUCUGUGUUGCCAUUUGUGGAGCCGUGUGCAGCAUCAUUCUUCUCAUCAUCAUCCUCAUUGGAGUGUACAGUGAUUAGUCACCUAGAGCAAAACUUUAUUCUCUUUAACACUACUGUGCCUUUGAAAGAGAGAGAAGAAUUAGUGUUUUUGUUUUGACUGAAAUUUAAAAUGUCCUACAGUAACUCAAAAACUGCUCUUCGGUUUCUUACCGGUGAUUUGUGUAGAAGAUGGCACGGAUUUAAGGUUGAAGACUUUCCUUUUUGACAUUGCUUUGCUACUUCACUACAGCAACCAAAAGUAGUUUUGUCUUUGAGUAAUGUUUGUAACAUUUGGUACUUCAUGCUUUGGGAGAUCUGACUGACAUUGUGGAGUUAAAUAAAAUCCAGCAAGGUGCACUUUAGAUAUAACAAAAAAAUGCAGUUUGUAUUCAGGAGUCACAAGUUAAUUUUCGCUUUUACACAAUGGUUUGACAUUGUUUGAUGUGACAGCUGGCUCCACACAAUAUGACGUCAGAUUUGUGAACAAUCUUACUAAACCUCUUUUAGGCACUUAAUGUUGUUCGUUUUUGUAUCUUUCAUAUGACUGUGUCUUACAGGACGGUAACCAUUCAGUCAAAUGCUCACAAAGUGUAUUGUAAAAUAAAUGUGAGUUGCUCAAA